AAAGCUCAGACCAAAUACCAAUCAAGAUUAUUAAUCUUAGAAAAGAAAAUGUUGAAAGGUCAAGGCUUUGGGUGUUCCCCUCGAGCGGCGGCUCCGGCGUCCCUCCGCCAUCUGCAGAGGCCAUUGCUUAGUAGCAUCAACGCCGGCGCUGCUUUUAUGCCUCAUUAUUCGAAUUCGAGAUGGCAGAAGCAGAAGAGUAGUAAGAGCAGUAGAAAUGGACGGCUGAGAUUGGUCUGCCGUGAAAUAAAGGCAGCCUUAGCCACUGCCGCCGAGCCCACCACCACCGUUCAGACCAAAGUGGUUGUCAAGAAAAUCACUGGAGAGAUCACUUCGUCGACACUUCUAAGGGAUGCCAAAGACGUUGAAAAGUUUCUCAAACUGGAGUUCGCCAGCAACCAGCUCGACCCCAGAACUGGGUCAGAGAAGCCGACGAUCAGAGUUGAGGCAAAAUUGGCGAGUGAGGACUUGGUGGAAGAAAUUUACGAGGCAAGUUUCGAAGUUGGACCAGAUUUUGGGGAGAUAGGGGCCGUGAUUGUUGAAAACCCCAAUGAAAAGGAGAUGUACAUCAAAGAAGUGGACCUCACUGGGCUGGCCUCUGGUCCCUCCACCAUCACCUGCAACUCCUGGGUUCAACCUCCCACCGUGCUUCCUAAAGUACAGAGAGUCUUCUUCACCAGCAAGUCAUACUUGCCGUUCCAGACGCCUGCUGGGCUCAAGUCCAUGAGAGCGGCCGAGCUCGUGAAUCUGCGAGGCAAUGGCACUGGCGAGCGUAAAGCAACCGAUAGAAUAUAUGAUUAUGAUGUGUACAACGACCUCGGUGAUUGUACAUCAGAAGAACUCAAAAGACCAGUUCUUGGUGGCCCUGAACGCCCUUAUCCCAGGCGUUGCAGAACCGGGCGUCCACAUUGUACAGAAGACCCAGACUCGGAAGAAAGGACAACAGGUGCCAUAUACGUGCCUCGUGACGAGACAUUCUCUACUAUAAAGCAGGGUGCGUUCAAUGUAGAUACGAUAUUGUCAGUAUUACGCACCAUUUUGCCGAGACUGCAAGUCCAUUUUGAUCGAGAUACUGGAUUCAAAAACUUCAAGUCCAUUGAUGCACUCUACGACGUGGAUGGCUUCAAUUUGCCCCCUCUUGAAUCCACCGACUCUCUCAAGGAUCUUUUACCUUGGAUAUUCAAACUCGUAUCUGAAACUGGAGAAUUUUUCUUACGCUUUCAGUCUCCUGAACCCAUGGACCGAGACAAGUUCUUUUGGUUAAGUGAUGAAGAAUUCGCAAGGCAAACUCUUGCAGGUCUUAACCCAUGCAGCAUACAAUUGGUUACGGAAUGGCCACUAGUGAGCAAACUUGACCCUGAAAUCUAUGGUCCUCCUGAAUCUGCAUUCAACACUGAAAUGCUCAAUCAACAAAUUGGUUCAAUGACAGUUCAAGAGGCAAUUCAAAAGAAGAAACUGUAUAUAUUGGAUUACCAUGACAUGUUGUUGCCAUAUGUUCAAAAAGUGAGAGCCCUUAAAGGAACAACGCUUUAUGGAUCAAGGACACUAUUCUUUCUAAACGAAGAUGAAACUCUCAGACCACUAGCUAUUGAGCUAACUCGGCCACCCAUGGACGACAAACCACAGUGGAAGAGAGUUUAUGGACCCAGCGAGCAGGCCACUCACCUUUGGAUUUGGAGAUUUGCCAAAGCCCAUGUUCUAGCCCAUGACGCUGGUUAUCACCAACUCGUUUCUCAUUGGGUAAGAACUCACUGCGCCGUGGAGCCUUAUUGCAUAGCCACAAACAGACAAUUGAGUGCAAUGCAUCCUAUCUAUAGGCUUCUACAUCCUCAUUUUAGGUACACUUUAGAGAUCAACGCAGCUGCUCGUAGCAAUCUUAUCAAUGCAGGUGGGACAAUAGAAACCACAUUCUCACCGCUAAAAUAUUCCAUGGAGUUGAGUUCCACAGCUUAUGAUCUUCAGUGGCAAUUUGACUUACAAGCCUUGCCAGCUGACCUAAUUCACAGGGGAUUGGCAGAGGAGGAUCCAACUGCUUCACAUGGUCUGAGACUGAACAUCAAAGACUAUCCUUUCGCCAAUGAUGGUUUGAUUUUGUGGGACGCUCUUAAACAAUGGGUCACAGAAUAUGUGAAUCAUUACUAUCCAGACCCGUACCUGAUAACAUCUGACACAGAGCUCCAAGCAUGGUGGACUGAGAUUAGAACUGUGGGGCAUGCAGAUAAAAAAGAUGCGGCGGGGUGGCCAACUCUCAACACUCCCCAAGAUCUAAUAGAGAUUGUAUCAAACAUUGCGUGGGUAGCAUCUGCUCACCAUGCCGCCGUGAACUUCGGGCAAUAUGCAUAUGCAGGCUACUUCCCAAACAGGCCUAGCAUAGCAAGAACCAACAUGCCCACAGAAGAUCCCAACCCUGCACUUUGGAAAAGUUUCUUGGAAAAGCCAGAGGAUGUGCUUCUAGAUGCCUUCCCUUCGCAAUAUCAGGCGACACAGGUAAUGAUGGUGUUGGAUGUGUUGUCGAGUCACUCUCCAGACGAAGAGUAUAUUGGCAAGAAUAUGGAACCAUCGUGGGGCGAUGAUCCUGUGAUAAAGGCAGCAUUUGAUAAGUUCAAUGCAAAGAUGAAGGAAUUGGAACUGAUAGUUGAUCUUAGGAAUGCUGAUUUGGACUUGAAGAAUAGAACCGGAGCUGGGGUUACUCCCUAUGAGCUUUUGAAGCCAUUUUCAGGACCUGGGGUCACUGGAAAAGGAGUUCCAUAUAGUGUUUCCAUUUGAUCUAUGAAGGCGUCGGAAUUAAAAUAUGAACAACUCUGAUGUAAUAAGGUAAAUUAAUAUGUAUUACACAUUAAUUUGUCAUGUACUUUGUCAGAGUUGAAAAUAAAUUCUCAAAUUGUUGUCUGAA